AUGGCAAGUUUCCUGGGUGAUGCCCUUCGGGGCAGCUUCUUCCUGAUGUUUGGGCUAUGGUGGUCUGUCAAAUACCCAAUGAAGUACGUGCUUCAAAAACUGAAUGCAAAUAACCAGGCCAGCCAUUGGAUCCAGUGCAUGGAUAUCACAGAAGGAACUGCCAAAGCCUUCUUUGCUCUAGGAGGGAUUCUGGCAGAGCAGUUUGUCCCUAAUGGACCCCACCUGUCUCUGUACGAUGAAGGGACCCAGAAUUGGGUGCAGCUAAUGAACUGGCAACAUAUGACCAUGUACUUGUUCUAUGGUUUCUCCGGUGUGAUGGAUGUUCUUUCCUAUACGCCACUCAAGCUGCCAGUGGGACUGGAUCGCCUCCUGGUGGCUCUGGCAUUGUUUACAGAAGGCUUCCUGUUCUAUUUCCAUGACUACCAGGGCGCCAUAUUGACUGAACACCUGUACACUCUGUUGAGCGUUGCUAUAUUUGGAGCUGCCCUCGGCACCCUGCUGGAAGCAUUCCUGAGAGAUCACACCCUCCUAGAACUCCUCAGAGCAAGCCUUUUCAUUUUGCAAGGAUCCUGGUUUUGGCAGAUUGGGUUUGUCCUGCAUCCACCAUGGGGAGGUCCAGGCUGGAGCCAAGCAGAUGCUGGAAACAAGAACUUCCUGACCAUGUGCUUCUUCUGGCACUAUGCAGUUGGUCUACUCGUGAUGGCUGUCAAUAGUUCCACCAGCCGCUGCUGCUCUAAUGGAUGUCCUGUAAAUUUGGAAACUAUCGAUGUGGAACUUGACUUGGGAUGUUGCUUAAGAAAGGCUAACCAAACCUUGGAACCUGUCCUUCUACCAGAGAAUCUCUCCGAGGAAAAAUGA